GCACUGCAACUUCUCCGAUUGGCUAUUCCUGAGCUACCUUGCGAAGAAUUUAGACAGCAUGGUAUUCAGAGAAAUAUUCGUGGGAUUGGCGGAAGAAAUAGAGGGCAAGAAACCUAAUAAGGAAAGACUGCUGAAUGAAUCAGAUGGAGAAGUAGAUCCCGACGCCACAUUGAAAGCUAGUUAG